GUGGUUCCGGGCGGAAGUGAGGCGCAGAGCGGAACGGCCUCUGGUGACAUUUUCUUGGGGCGGCGCGGACGACUGAAGGGAAUUGGUGGCGGCGGCUGCGGAGGCGGCGAGCUUCCCUGUGCCCCCAGCGGGGGCUCUGGCCGCGCUUCUCCGCUUGCCGCUGGGGCUUGUCUGUGGAGAACGCGGCGGCGGGGCCCUGGCGGCCCGAGUCACCGCGGCCCGGACAGCGCUGCCCGGGGUCGGCUCGUGCCCCGACGGGGCGCGCGGGGCGGACGAAGAGGCGCGUACUGCCCGGCGCAGGCUGCUUUCCUGUUGCGUCUUUGAUAUCGUUUCCUAGACUGUGCUCCAUGAUUUAACUUGAAAUUCUGAAAUGAAGAUGGAGGAGGCAGUGGGAAAAGUGGAAGAACUCAUUGAGUCUGAAGUCGCACCAAAGACCUCUGAACAAGAGACAGCCAAGGAGGAAGAUGGCUCUGUAGAACUGGAAUCUCAAGUUCCGAAAGAUGGUGUAGCUGACUCUACAGUUCUUUCUUCAAUGCCCUGCUUGUUGAUGGAACUGAGAAGGGACUCUUCAGAGUCUCAGUUAGCGUCCACAGAGAGUGACAAGCCAACAACUGGCCGAGUUUAUGAGAGUGACUCCUCUAAUCAUUGCAUGCUUUCCCCUUCCUCUAGUGGUCACCUGGCUGACUCAGAUACUCUGUCUUCUGCAGAAGAGAAUGAACCCUCUCAAGCAGAAGCAGCAGUAGAAGGAGAUCCUUCAGGAGUGUCUGGUGCCACCAUUGGGCGCAAGUCUAGGCGCUCCCGUUCUGAAAGUGAAACAUCCACUAUGGCUGCCAAGAAAAACCGGCAAUCCAGUGACAAGCAGAAUGGCCGAGUCACCAAGGUUAAAGGUCACCGGAGCCAAAAGCACAAGGAGAGGAUCAGACUACUGAGGCAGAAGCGGGAGGCUGCAGCAAGGAAGAAGUACAACCUUCUGCAGGACAGUAGCACCAGUGAUAGUGACCUGACUUGUGACUCAAGCACGAGCUCAUCCGAUGAUGAUGAAGAGAUUUCAGGGAGCAGCAAGACAAUCACUGCAGAGAUACCAGAUGGACCUCCAGUUGUAGCUCAUUAUGAUAUGUCUGACACCAGCUCUGACCCAGAAGUGGUAAAUGUGGACAAUUUAUUGGCGGCAGCAGUAGUUCAAGAGCACAGUAAUUCAGUAGGCGGCCAGAACACAGGAGCUACCUGGAGGACCAGCGAGCUUCUAGAGGAGCUGAAUGCAGAGGCAGGUCAUUUGGAUCCAGGAUUCUUAGCGAGUGACAAAAUUUCUUCUGGAAAUGCGCCACUCAAUGAAGAAAUUAAUAUUGCCUCUUCAGAUAGUGAAGUAGAGAUUGUGGGUGUUCAAGAACAUGCAAGGUGUGUUCAUCCUCGAGGAGGUGUGAUUCAGAGUGUUUCUUCAUGGAAGCAUGGUUCUGGCACACAGUAUGUUGGCACCCGGCAAACACAGUCAUGGACUGCUGUGACUCCCCAGCAAACUUGGGCUUCACCAGCAGAAGUUGUUGACCUUACCUUGGAUGAGGAUAGCAGACGUAAAUACCUACUGUAAUACAAUGUCACUGUUUCCUCUGCACUGUUCCCUUCCUCUUCCUCCUCUUUGUGACAUGGAAGUUCAUUGUCAUAGGUUCAGCUUCAGAAGCUGUUUGUGGCAUUUGGAAUUGAAACUCAUGAUAAACAGCCCCCCCCCAUUUUUUUUUAAUGAAAAGAAUUCACUUAGGAAAGUAAUGUACCACAAAGAAAAUAAUUUUUCCUUUUCCUCAAUAAGAAUAUGAGAAUGGUGGAUUUUAUUAGACAACUUCAUUUUGCUUGGUGACUUUUACUGUUAAAAGUCAUUUUCUUUUUAGAAUAAUACUUUACUUACCAGGCUAAUGAAUUUCACUUUUUGAAUCUUAUAUUUAUUUUUCUGAAUAAUGAAAUUAGUAUCUAGAUGUAACCACUAUGUGUCCACCUCAUUGUCACUCCCACCUUAGGGCAUUUGCACACAAAUCAGUCAGGUCCUUGUUGGCACCUGGUAGGGCAUGUGCAUUUAAAAGACAAAUCUGUCGUUAAAAGUAGAAGACAGAAAUAUUAUAACAAAAUUCUUUUCUUUUAGCUUAAGUCUUUUGCCUUUUUUUCUGACAUUGCUCUUUGUCAGUUUACCAUAACACAAAUAAUUGAUAUUCCCUCUUUUAUUUCCAAAUACUACUAAGGUGACUUAGUUGGUCUCCUCGUUGCAAUAAUUCAUAAAUCUUAGGAAAAUGUCUCCUUCCUUCUAUGAGAUUUUCUGGACAUCUGAAGAGUACAUUGAGAGAUCAGUGGGAAAUAUUUGUCUCUCAACAUUUUCCCCUGGUUUAUUAAAACAAUAGGAGAACACAGAAACUUGUUACUUAGGAAGAAUAUAAGAAGUUGAGUGGCUUCUAAGUGUAUAGGCACUUGUAAACCUGAGAGGAAAAUGCCUUCUCUCAAAGCUGAUCUCUUUGUAAAGGGUAUGUAACAGCUGUUUAACUGGACCUAAUGCUGUGUUUGGGUAUUUUCUUCUGUACCUUCUGAAAGUAUACACACAAGAGAACUCAAAAUACACCAUAAGAAAUCAAAUGCAAAGCACAUUAUUGGCACUGUAAGUCUUGUAGUAUCUGAAAGGAUUAGUAAAGGGUAAUAGAAACUUCAGGGAAUUUAGGAAAUGCCAGCAGAGAAAUGUGGCAUUAGUUACUACCUUUUUUCCUAUAACAUAUUGCAGUUACUAGUGAAUUAUUUUAAAGCAAUACCUAGAAUUAGAACACUAUGUAUUGUGCACAGGGAAGAGUGAAGUGAUAUUGGCUCAGAAGACUUCACUUUUUGUUUUUCCUGGGUUUUGUUUGCUCUUUUGUUUUUGUUUCCAUUGUUACCACAUGAUGUUGCUAUGGCAUUUUGCCUCCCUCCUUAGAUGCCUUGUUGGUUCUUCCUGAUCAUAAGAGGAUGAGACCUGACAUUUUCAUUCAGUGAACACACAUUGACCAAGGGUCCACUCUGCAUUAAGCGCUGUGCAGGGUGUGUGCUGUGGAGGCCCUGAGAAGAAUGCUUGCACGAAUCUGCCUGGCGUUUGCUUUUUUCUUAUGUAAAGACAAGUUUAUUCAUUUAUUUUACUUGUUUGUUCAGUUCUUCUCUAUGUCCCUUCUGUGGGCAUGUAUUUGAACGUAUGUUCUUCCAUCUUUUCUGGUAGCAUCUCAUUUGAUUUACCCUCUGUUCUUCACUGACUUUUCCCUUUUCCUUAAGUCUACUUGUAAUUGAUCAGGCUUUUAAAAUCAUGACUCUCCAGUGUUAGCACACCAUUUAUCACUCUUUCACCUGGCCACAAUCCUAGACAGAAACCAAAGACCCAGAGGCCAGAGCGAAACAGGACUUUCUGAAAAUUCACUACUGGUAUAUCUUUGGACCUUCACAUCUUGCUUUAGGACUAAGUUAUUUAAGUUUUACUGUUACAUAUUGUUUUUUACUUGAAUUAAAAUACUCAACAAAGGAGAAAUGCAUAAUUUCUGGUCUGUGUUUUCCAGGAAAAUCAUUGGUAAGAGAAUAUAGUGGAGUAUGUGACUUGAAGUUUUUGCAGCUUAUUUUUCCCCUAGUAUCAGGGCAUAACCCCAUUUUAAAGAAUGUUUUUAUAUUACCUACUUUCAUGUUAAUGAUGUUUUGUUCAAUUCUAUACAGCAGGUGAUUUCCCCUGAUAUAUUUUCUUUAGUCCCUAUUAGCCAUCCCCUAACGAGAACUUUUUGGGUGUUCGUGUGCACUGUAUAUUGAGGACAGAAUGGAGUUGCAACCAAGCUCUUUUCUGGCCAUUUCCUUUUAUCUUAGAUUGCACAUAAAGAUACUUGUUCCUUUUCCAGCUCCCUGACUACAUUACUUGAUGCAUCAGAAUAGAGAUUUAGG